UGACCUCCCACCAGCGGUGCGCCUGAAAAUGACUUAUUCGGUUACAACCUGUUACCUCCUCUCUGGAAAACAAAGCAGCACUCCAAAAAAGGGAUUAGCAGAAUGUAGUAGCACUUCAUUUUUAUGCAGUUCUGGCAUGUUGCCUGUGUUUGAAUGCGGAGACCUUUGUGAAAACAGGUUUAAGCUCAUGACUUAAGGGUAAAACUGUGAGGUACUGUUAAAAGGGAUGCAAAAUCAUGGGUCAUAAGCUUCUCUUUCUCACUCUCUAUCUCUUCUCCCAUGAGGCUUCACAGUGGAUUAUGUUUGUGCAAUUGAAACUUGACAAAUGACUUCCCUCCAUCCCCCUUCAAAAAAAAAAAAAUACCCCCAAAAAACAUUGCAGCAAUGCUGCCAAUCCGCCUUUAUGUCUGAGCAGCAAUUGUUGUUUUAGUUUAAAUCUGAGAUGAAGAACACACAGAUGCACAGGACAGGGAACAUCGAGAAAAAGAAAGAGAAAUGGAGCUCAAAACCGAAAAAAAGUAAGAAGAGAAAGGGCAAAAAGGUCAAAACAGAUAGAAUGACGAAUAAGCAUUUGGGAAAACAGACAAGUGCAGCAUUGCAGAUGGACGAUGGAGUGGAAGCAGAAUUAAAAGACAACACAAAUCAACAAUGCGGCUGGUUUUCACGCAAUCUGCUCCUUGCCCUCACCGUGCUAGGUGUUAUAGCAGGCACAGUGCUGGGCAUGAUGCUGCGUUAUGUUCCUGAUCUGGACACAAACACUCUCAUGCUGGUUUCCUUUCCGGGAGACAUCCUAAUGAGAAUGCUGAAGAUGCUCAUCCUGCCCCUCAUCAUCUCCAGUCUCAUCACAGGCCUGGCCGGUCUGGAUGCUCGCUCCAGUGGAAGAAUGGGCUCCAGAGCAAUGGUGUACUACAUGUCCACCACAGUAAUCGCUGCUGUUCUAGGGGUCAUCCUGGUGCUUGGAAUACACCCUGGGAACCCAAAACUCAGGUCCAGUCAGUUCAGCUCCGCCCCCAAGAACCAAGAAGUCAGCAGUAUGGAUGCCUUUUUGGAUCUGAUCCGAAACCUUUUCCCAGAGAACCUGGUCCAGGCCUGUUUUCAACAGGUUCAGACAGUGAUGAAAAAAGUAGCUGUCCCAGUCCAGAACCAAACAGAACCGAUCCUUGUCAAUAGGAAAAAACUGGAACACAAGUGGGGAAUGAAUGUUUUAGGUUUGAUUGGGUUCUUCAUCACGUUUGGGAUCUGCAUGGGGAAAAUGGGAGAGAGGGGGAAGCUCAUGUGCGAUUUCUUCAACAUACUUAAUGAGAUCAUCAUGAAGAUAGUGUCCAUGAUCAUGUGGUACUCUCCAGUAGGCAUUGCCUCCCUCAUCUGUGGGAAAAUUGCUGCUAUCGGUGACUUGGAAGUGGUGGCGAGGCAGCUAGGCAUGUACAUGGUCACGGUCAUAGUCGGUCUCAUUAUUCAUGGCGCGCUCAUCCUGCCAUUCAUUUUCUUCGCCGUUACUCGGAAAAACCCCUUCACGUUUUACUCUGGUAUCUUCCAGGCGUGGAUCACUGCUCUGGGAACGGCCAGCAGUGCUGGGACAUUGCCAGUGACGUUUCGUUGUCUGGAAGAGAAUCUAAAGAUUGACAAGCGUGUGACCCGCUUUGUGCUGCCCAUUGGAGCCACCAUAAACAUGGAUGGCACUGCACUCUAUGAGGCUGUAGCAGCCAUUUUCAUCGCCCAGAUGAAUGACAUUUCUCUAGAUGGAGGACAGAUUGUUACUGUUAGUAUGACAGCGACUUUGGCCAGUGUGGGAGCCGCCAGUAUUCCCAGUGCGGGUCUUGUCACCAUGUUGCUAAUCCUGACCGCUGUGGGCCUACCAACUCAAGACAUCAGCCUGCUCGUUGCUGUCGAUUGGCUACUCGACAGAAUGCGCACCUCCAUUAACGUUGUGGGCGACUCUUUCGGGGCAGGCAUUGUGGACCACCUAUCACGGGCAGAGCUUGCCGUGAUCGACGGGGACAUCCCUCUCUCAGACGAGGAGUUUGUCCCCCCUCCACCGCUCCUCACUGAAAUAGACCUCAUAGACCCUCUCAAACCGCCCGAACUGCCCCCUCGCUCCCCGCGCCCCCCAAAGCUCAACCAUCACGCCCCGUCUCUGACCCCUUCACAGUCUCAAUCGCACUCUAUCCCACACUCGCCCCGUUCCAUCCGCUCCCCGUCACCUCACUCCAUUCGUUCACCCUCCCCUCGCUCCGUGUGCUCUCACUCCCCGAGGCCUUUCCGAACACAUUCCCCUCGUCUUUUAUGCAGGACAGAGCCUGGAUACUGCGCCCUGCCCACUCAUGACAACCAGAUUACCACUCUUCCCAGAGGUUUCCGAGAGAGGAGCAGAAAUAGGGAAAGAGACAGAGAAAGAGAAAGAGAAAGAGAAAGAGAGAGACUGCAGGAACGGGAUAAAGGGAGCGAGACUGAGGAGGAUGAGGAGAAAGAAAGAAUGAUGGACGAGGUGAGCGACGGAGAAGAAAGCGACGACACAGCGUAUGACAGACGCCACACCAUCCAACCUUGUGACCUGCCUUGAACGAAACAGACGAAGCUUUACCACAUUUUCACAAUACUUCUUCUGUAUUUCAGAACUCACCUUUCUGGAUGAAAGCUUGCAUUUUUUGUUGUUUGGCAAAGACGUUGAGUACCUAUGUGUGUCGUGAUUUGAGAAACUUGACAUAAGUGAAUGGAGUGUUCACUGGGCUUCACUAUGAUUCUUAGUUUCAGCUUUACAGUCUAGCAACAGCAACUGUUUGUAACUUACAGCUAAUUUGCUUUUACAGGAUUUCAGUAAUAAACCGGAUGAAUGGCUUUGAGCAUUUAUUGCACAUGCUCUGCCAGUCUUGAUUUUAUUUCUUCUUUGACUUCCCUAUCAUAUAAUUUAUCUAGGCUACUGGGGCACUGGUUAUAACACUGGAUGUCACUGCACUACACUGUUAAACCCAGACUUACUCAAUGGUUUAGGGAAAGUAGAGCCUUGACUCAUUUGAGCUGCCUUAGUUUACUUUUAUAGUCAAGAUUUACUUUGUUCAGUUGCCAGUGCAACAUAAACAAGCAGUUCAAAUGAGUUGAAGCAGUUGGUUCCUAUAAACAGUCCAAAGUUGUUCCAAAUCUUCCGUUUUAUGAUUUUUGGGGUUUUCUUUCGAAGGUGGCAAGGAUGUCGCAAGCAGCUAUGAGUAACAUGAGGUAGUUUCUUCCCGUACCUCUCAUGUUCUUUCCACAUCUGCAUGUCAUAAAAAUGUGAAUCAUACACCAAAAACAUCAUUUGCAUGAACAGAUUAACCAAUACACUGUUUAGAUUAGUGAGUGUGACACCAGGCUUCAGUGUUACUAGGACAAGUGCAGUUACACAAACCUGACGUAAUACUUUUAUACUGUUGGGCCUCGCACAGCUUGUCCACUCU